AUAAAGAUAGUCUAUGUAAAGAACAAUGCUUUGUCAACAGCACUAAGACGUCAAAACAGAAACGUCAACGAAGCACAAAAUGUAAAAUAAUUUGCCGAAUUAACAAACUAAAAUGCCUCAGUUGGAUCAAUAUCCACUUCUGGUGGGACUUGUAUAUGUAUUUAAUCUUAUUGUCGGAACCGGAGCCCUGACUUUACCUGCUGCUUUUGCGGGGGCUGGAUGGUUGUUCAGUUCGAUUCUUUUAAUCCUGUUGGCUUGCGUUAGUUUCAUAACUGCUACGUUUGUAAUAGAGAGUGUAGCUUCGGCAAAUGCAACAAUACAAUGGAAGAGGAUACAGUCACAUAAAAUAGAUGAGAGUGAAGUGCCAAUUGAUUCUUCAUCAGACCAAGAAAACAGCACAGAAGAAACAGCAAUUCUGGGUGGCAGACGUCAGAGAUUUUUUCAUCUGAAUACAAAUGUUGAGUUGGGAGAAAUUGCAUCUUUAUAUUUAAAUAAAUUUGGUCAUCUCCUGUUCUUUUUGUCACUAUGUAUUUAUUUAUAUGGAGACUUGGCGAUAUAUGCGGCUGCUUCAGGUAAAACAAUUGUGAACCUCAGUUGUAAAAGUAAUGACACUGAGGAUUACAGUAUUAAAUGUUGGGAUGAGUAUAAUAUUACCAGAAUGGAUAUGUACAGAAUUUUUGUGGGAUUGUUCACAAUAAUUAUAGGCCCAUUUACAUAUUUCAACGUACAAAAAACGAAAUAUCUGCAGAUUUUUACAAUCAGUAUUAGAUGGUGUGCUUUUAUAAUAAUGGUUACUUUGGCUAUUGUAAGACUUAUUAAAUAUGGUCCCCAAGGACAUCCUAAAUUGAUAAAUUUAAGUGAGGUACCAGCAUUAGCUGGAUCAAGUGUUUACAGUUUUAUGUGCCAUCACUCACUGCCAGGUUUAAUUGCACCUAUAUCUAAUAAGGCUAAUUUAACAAGAAAAAUAGGCUACGAUUUUAUAAUUAUUUGUUUGUUUUACUUAUUACUUUCAAUUACUGGGGCAUUUGCGUUUGAAACUGUUGACGACUUAUAUUCUUUGAACUUUAUACAAUCAGGGGAUUCCAACUUUUUGAUGAAAAUUAUCGGUUUCUUCCUUGUUGCUUUCCCAUUAUUCCCAAUGUCAACAAGUUUUCCUAUCAUUGCUAUAACUCUACAAAGUAAUUUAAAAAACCUCGUACUGAGACGUAAUGGUCAUGAAGAGCACAAUAUAUUUGUUAAAAGAAUAAUAUUUCCGACAUUAGCGGUAGUUCCACCUGUUAUAGUCGCACUUUGUACUCAUAAUCUUAAGCGUUUGGUAGAAAUUACUGGUACGUACGCAGGUGUUAUAGUACAAUAUGUUAUACCUGCAGCACUAGUUUUUUAUGCAAGACGACAAUGUUACAGAGACUUUGGGUAUAGCAACCACAAAUAUGCUAGUCCAUUUAGAAAUUCUUUUUGGUUUAUAUUUAUUAUUUGUUGGGCUGUGGUUUGUAUUAUAUUUGUAUCAGUCGAUAUAUUUUUUAAAGAAUAGAUUGUUUUUGCGAAUUGCGCACCUAAUUUUUCUCAUUUUUGAGAUUGAUUGGGUGUAUUAAGACAUAUAGUUAUUUUAAAUAGAUAAUAAAUGCUGGGUUACAUUAAGUGUUCUUGCCACAAGAUAGUUAUGGAGUGUAUCAUUCAUCAAAGUACUAUCCAAGACCACACUUAUUGUUAAACCAAGUAUUUAAAAAAAAAAUAUUCCCCUAUUGGUACGAAAAUGUCAAAAAAUUAAUGCUUGACAUUCAUGAAUUUAUUUUUCUGUUUUAAUUGCAACAUAUAAAAGACUGUGGAUAUUAUUUUUAUAUAUAAUGUAUAUAAUAAGUUUAUUUCCCUCAUAGUUUAAUCCCAAAAUAUUUUUGAUAAAGUGUGAUUGAUAAGAUGUAUGUUUUAUAAUUUUUGUGUGAGUAAAAUUAUUAAA